AUGGGGGUAGUGGUGACCUUCGACAAGGACCGAGGCUUCGGUUUCAUUAAGGAUUACACUACCGGCAGAGACUUGUUUGUGAACCGGAGGUCAGUGAAGCGCAGCUACCUCCCUGAGUAUCUACAUAACCUCCGCAAGGGAGAGGAGGUAGAGUUCACCCCUGCCGAGGGCCUGCGAGGCCCCUACGCAACUGCUGUGACCCGCCCCAAGCCGGGACCAGAAGAUUGGGAAGAGCCCGAUGAGCCCACCAGUCCGGGACGCAAACCGGAGCACCCAACAGAACCGGCCCAUAACACGUUCCAAGAGCGGGGCUCCUUCAUUGGCCCGAAUGUGUUAUGGCAACCUACUGUCGUAGAAAAAUGGGUGAGCCCGUAUCCCUCACCUGAACUGGCCCACCGGGAGAAGACCAUUAAAGAACUUGAAAACCUGGAGCGGUUCCACGCUGCGCUGGAAGAUAUCCGCAAGGGAAAAAGGGCAGACGCGGCGCUGAAACCUGCGGCGGCCGUGCCAGACAGACCGGAUCCCUUAACUGCACCUGCAGCGACAGCGGAGGAUCCCAACAGCGAAGCAGCCUCUGAAAGCCUGGAGGAUCAGAUUGUUCGGCUCGAACUCCAACUUCGUGGCCUGCGCCAACUUGCCAUUUCCAGAGUGCCGUCUCCGCCAAGUGAAAGGAAAGACACAGUUAAAAAUUCGGGUGCCUCGGAGCCAGAGGUUGAAUAG